CUAAAACGUGGUCGAACAUUAGAAAAUUCAACGUCUUGGCCUGCGAAAAAAAUCAAAAAUACGUAAAAUAUCUUUGGAAGGCUGGAUUAUACGAGGUUUUAUUGAACUAUUUCAAAAAUUUUGAAAGAGAAAAACCACAAGCGAGUGCUUUUGACCCACCUGUACUUCGAAGCCUGAAUUAAUCAUGAAAUUGACGGCAGACCUCAUACUACAGUCGUCACAGUUUACAAAUGCUCUCAAAGACAGAGAAAUUGAUCUACGAGGAUACAAGAUUUCAGUCAUUGAAAACCUUGGAGCAACUUUGGAUCAGUUUGAUACAAUCAACUUUUCGGAUAAUGACAUCAAGAAACUGGAAGGUUUUCCUCUGUUGAAAAGGCUGAAAAGUCUCAUAAUGAACAACAAUCGUGUCUGUCGAAUUGGCGAAGGAUUGGCAACUUGUCUACCAAAUUUAGAGACAUUAGUGCUGACGAAUAACAGUAUGAAUGACUUGAGUGAUUUGGAUGCAUUGAAAAGCGUCAAAACUUUGAGAUAUUUAAGUUUGAUGAGAAAUCCAAUUUUGAAUAAACCCAACUACAGAUUAUACGUCAUACACAGCUUACCACAAAUAAGAGUUCUCGAUUUUCAGAGAAUAAAAUUAAGGGAACGUGAAGCAGCUACCAGAAUGUUCAGUGGUAAAAAAGGAGAGAAAUUAGUGAAUGGUGCCCUGAAGAGUACAUCCAACAAAUUCGUUCCUGGUGAACCUGUUGCUAAGCGAUCUGCUCAAACAACUUCUGCAGGGAAAAAUGAACAGCGAAGUAAUAUUGCCGCCAUAAAGGCUGCCAUUGCUAACGCGAAAUCACUUGAAGAGGUGAAGAAAUUAGAACUUCUCUUAAAAAGUGGCAGUGUGCCUGAUCUUCAGUCCAUGGAGGUUGAUGGUAAAUGAACAAAUCAUGACACUGUGUGUUAAUAUGACAUAUGCAUGUGGUUGUGAAACCAUUAAUGGACAAGCCACAUAAAGCAGAAGAAUAAAAAGAAGGAAAGUGUGCAUGAGCACAAGCGGAUUUUAUUUUUAUUGCUGCCACCUGUUUUCUAUCACAGCAAUUUAACUUUGUAUAUAUUUUUAAUACAUGUGUGGCUAUGCUUUUGUUGUA